CCCUUUGCCCACCCGCGCGCCCUCAGCAAAAACUGCUCUCUGCUGCUUGCUUUUAGCCCUGCAUUGGCUGCCCCCCGACACGCCUCACCCCAUUGCUGGCUGCUGUGUUGGCGUUGUCGUCGUGGUCGUGGUCGCAGUCGCAGUCGUCAAGACAAGGCCCCGUUACACACCACGCCCCGACGGGCUGCGAGGGUGCGUGGUGGGGCAUGUGCAUGUAACGCGACCUGGACACUUCCCACGGCGCCAUCAGCUUGA